CUCCGGUAAAUCGUCUUCUUCCUUUCUCUCUCUCUGAACAAAACGGCGACGCUUCAACUGAUCGAAAUGGCGGAUCCAAUUCCAUCAGCACCGCCGCACAGAUCCAACACCGACUUCUUCUCCGACCCGCUCGACUCCCACCCCCUCUGGUUCAAGCCCUCCCUCUUCCUCUCCCCGGACUUCGACUCCGAGGCCUACAUCUCCGACCUCCGCACCUUCGUCCCCUUCGACACUCUCCGAUCCGAGCUCCAGUCCUACCUCGCCUCCCUCAACCACGACCUCAUCGACCUCAUCAACCGCGACUACGCCGACUUCGUCAACCUCACCACCAACCUCGUCGACGUCGACUCCGCCGUCGUCCGCAUGCGCGCCCCGCUCGUCGAGCUCAGGGAGAAGAUCGAGCAGUUCCGAGGCUCCGUCCAGGGCUCGCUUGUGGCGCUCACGAAUGGAUUGAAGCAGAGAUCGGAGGCUGCUGAGGCUAGAGAGAUCUUGGAGCUUCUGCUUGACACGUUUCACGUCGUCUCUAAGGUUGAGAAACUGAUAAAGGAGUUACCUAGUGUGCCUGCCGACUGGUCAAGUGGAGAUGUGAAUUCGACAGAGAAGGAGUUUAUUAGCAAUGGGACUACCGAGAAUGGGACGAGUGUGAGAGAUACUCAAAGCAUGCUUUUGGAGAGAAUUGCCAGUGAGAUGAAUCGACUGAAGUUCUACAUUGCUCAUGCACAGAACCUGCCUUUCAUUGAAAACAUGGAGAAGAGGAUUCAGGGUGCUAGUCUAUUGUUAGAUGCCAGCCUGGGACAUUGUUUUGUAGAUGGACUGGAACAUCGAGAUGCAAAUGCAAUUUACAAUUGCUUAAGGGCAUAUGCUGCCAUUGAUAAUACAAGGAGUGCAGAAGAACUUUUCCGAACUACCAUUGUAGCCCCACUAAUACAAAACGUUAUUCCACAUGGGGCAUCACGGGCAACUGAAAAGCCAUCUGGAGAUGAACUUGAGAAUGAUUAUCAGCAAAUCAAGCAAUGCAUUCAGAAAGACUGCAAAUUUUUGUUGGAAAUUUCUUUUGAAGAAAACUCUGGGUUGCAUGUGUUUGACUUCUUGGCAAAUUCAAUUCUGAAAGAGGUUCUUUCAGCAAUCCAAAAGGGAAAACCUGGUGCUUUUUCUCCUGGACGACCAACAGAAUUUUUGAAAAAUUAUAAAUCAAGCCUAGAGUUUCUGGCUCAUCUGGAAGGUUACUUUCCGUCCAGAGCAGCUGUUUCCAAAUUUCGAGCAGAAGCCGUAUAUAAUGAGUUCAUGAAGCAAUGGAACCUUGGGGUUUAUUUCUCUUUGAGGUUUCAGGAGAUUGCAGGUGCUCUAGAUUCUGUACUUGGGGCAACUAGCCUUGUUCCUGUUCAUAAUGUACAUUCAGGUCAAGGAAAUUCCUCAGGCUUAACAUUGAAACAAAGUGCUACUUUGUUAGAGUGCUUGGAAUCCUGUUGGAGAGCAGAUGUUGUUGUUCUUUCAUAUUCUGACAAGUUUCUGCGGUUGUCAUUGCAGCUUCUUUCAAGAUACUCAAGUUGGUUGUCAUCUGGGCUAGCUGCUCGGAAGAAGGGUAAUACUGGCUCCAAUCCUGGCUGUGAAUGGGCUAUUUCAGCUGUACCAGAUGAAUUUAUUUAUCUUAUUAAUGACAUUAAUUUACUUCGCACAAGGGUUUGUGGUGAAUUUCUUGAACAUGUACUUGAGCUCCUUUCAUCAUGCCCUGGCGAUAUACUUGAUCAUGUAAAACAGAGCAUUCUACACGGAGGACAAGCAUUGGAUGCAUUAGUACCUGCCAUUAUCAACACUAUUGUGGAGACUCUGGUUGAGAAAUCUGUUGAGGACUUGAGACAGGUAAAGGGAAUAACAGCAACAUACAGGAUGACUAAUAGACCUCUUCCUGUUAGACACUCACCCUAUGUGUCGGGAGUAUUACGUCCCUUGAAGGUUUUUCUUGAUGGGGAACGAGCUUCAAGGUAUCUGAAAGAAGAAUUUAAGAAUGACCUAGUGUUUAGUGCUGCUACUGAGAUUACAGGUCGAUAUUAUGAGUUGGCUGCUGAUCUCGUCAGUGUGGCUAGAAAAACUGAGUCCUCACUCUAUAAACUAAGGAUAAAUGCACAAAGACGAAGUGGAAUAGUAGAUGUCGCAGAUCCCAAUGUGUCCGAGACUGACAAGAUAUGCAUGCAAUUAUUCCUAGACAUUCAGGAGUAUGGCCGUAACCUGGCAGCCCUUGGUGUCGACACUGCCAAGAUCGAGUCAUACCGCUCAUUGUGGCAAUGUGUUGCUCCUGCAGACAGGCAAACUGUGAUUAAUUUCUAGAGUUUUUGGUGUUUUGCCCGCGAGCCAAUUGUAGAUGUAAUUUACUUUUAGUCUAAAGAGUUUUGGUGUAGUUGUGAUUUUCAUCUUUAUAUAUUAUUGAUUUAAUGUAAUGUUUGGUUAUCAAAUGUUAAUUGAAAACAUUCAUACUUUUUUUUAAAUCAACGACGCAUAGUCUGAGAUAUAUAGAUGAAAAUGUACGGUGCACCAUGAAUACACUCUUGCUCGUUUCAUAGGAGGGUGCACAAAUUAACUAAGAAACUAGAAAGGCCUAGAAAAUUAGAGAUCAUUAAUUUUUUAACUAGAUCUAUAACGAAAUCUGCCGUGAUGCGCUCAAUAAUAGUAACCAGAAAAUCAAAGUUUUUGUUAGUAUCAACUAACAACUAACGUAUUCUAGAAGCAAGACAACAGACCUUAAACGGAACGGAACUUUCCGAAAAAGUUUCAUUGUCUUGGCCGGAAUAGUAGUCCCAGAAAAUUGGACCCACAGCCUCGGCCCAAAAGCCUCAACCCUAGCCCCAAAUAUGGGAGGCCCAAACCGAGCCCAUUUGCAGCCUUAGCGCGCUGCUGUUUUUUCCCGAUCCUCAACAAGCUGUCGUCAGCAGUAGCGAACUGACUACUACAGUCAAAAUCGACACCUCUCCGGCAAAUACAAAAACCACUGCCACAAGGAUCGUCUGCCGCCGAUCCAAACAAGUGCCAAGCGCCAGAACGCUAGAACCAUUAUCGUCGUCGAACAAGAGAUCUGAAAUGACUUCUUGCCGACGAACCCGACCAGUGGCGCCGCCAAACACGACCACAACAACCUUCUUCCAUGCGA